AUGCGCUUGCCACCGUUAAACCCGAUCGUCCGGUCAACCAGUUUUCCUGAACUCAUCGGCGUGAACUUUCGACAGGAUGAGCGCGCCCCGACCUACAGAUGCCUUUUUCCGAGCGGAUGGACACGACAAAAAUGGAAGGAUAUUGAAGAAAAGGCAGAAAACCUGGAGAAGCUCCCGUCUUGGGAUACCCCUGACAAUCAACUCAUGCUGCAAGGCUUCGAAUGGCACGUCCCGAAUGACAAGGGACACUGGCGCCGUCUUGAGCAAGCUCUGCCCGAUUUGAAGGCCAUCGGAGUCGACAACAUAUGGAUUCCCCCAGGGUGUAAAGCGAUGAAUCCCGCAGGCAACGGAUACGACAUCUACGACCUCUAUGAUAUCGGGGAGUUCGAUCAAAAAGGCUCGCGGGCGACCAAAUGGGGUACGAAAGAGGAACUGCAGUCGCUGCUGGCUUGCGCCGACGAACUCAGGAUCGGGAUCUAUUGGGAUGCUGUGCUCAACCACAAGGCCGGUGCAGACUAUACGGAACAGUUCGCGGCUGUGAGAGUGGACCCCCGAAAUCGAGACGUGGAGAUCGCACAACCUGAUCUGGUCGAAGGCUGGACUGGGUUCGAGUUCCCAGGCCGUUCGGAGAUGUAUAGUUCUAUGAAAUAUUCGUGGCAUCACUUCAGUGGUGUAGACUGGGACCAAAUGCACAGGCGAAAUGGAAUAUACAAGAUCCUUGGUCCCAAUAAAGGGUGGGCUGACGAUGUCAGCAAGGAAAACGGCAACUAUGACUUUCUCAUGUUCGCCGACUUGGAUUAUUGCGACCCGGAAGUUCAAGAUGACGUUCUCAACUGGGCUACAUGGAUUGCCUCUCAAUUGCCUCUCAGUGGCAUGAGGCUCGACGCUGCGAAGCACUAUUCCUGGGGUUUCCAGGCAACGUUGAUUGAUCACCUCCGGGCGACUUUUGGACCUCGUUUUUUCGUGGUAGGGGAAUAUUGGAAGGGUGAAGUUGAGCCGUUGCUGGAAUACUUAGAACAGACAGAAUAUAAAAUGUCGUUGUUUGAUGCGCCAUUGGUUGAGCGCUUCUCAAGUAUAUCUCAGACGAGAAAGGCUGACCUUCGUGACAUUUUCGACGGUACGUUGGUUGAAUGCCAACCGUCACACGCAGUUACCUUUGUGAUGAACCACGACACGCAACCAGGGCAAUCCUUAGAGGCACCAAUAGAAUCGUUCUUCAAACCCCUAGCAUAUACCUUGAUCUUAUUACGGGAUACAGGACUGCCGUGUUUGUUCUACGGGGAUCUCUAUGGCAUCGGCAACGACGUCGAUAACCCGAUGACUCCUUCCUGUGGAGGCCGACUCCCCAUCCUGGCCAAGGCCCGCAAAUUGUAUGCAUAUGGGGAGCAGCAAGACUAUUUCGACCAGCCUAAUUGCAUUGGGUUCGUUCGAUACGGUAACUCGUAUCAUCCGGACGGUCUUGUUUGCGUCAUGAGCAAUGCCGGUUCUUCAAAGAAACGCAUGUAUGUUGGUCGGCGCCAUGCGCGUGAACGAUGGACCGAUAUAUUGGAAUGGCACACCAAGGUCGUCAUCAUCGAUAAACACGGCUACGGUGUCUUCCCUGUGUCCCCGAUGAGUGUUGGGGUCUGGGUGAACUCCACAGCAAAGGGACGAGAUUUGAGACACCUUGAAAUGGAGUUCUUCAAUUCCCCGGAAUUCCGGCCCCACGUGGAGGAGUUGAUGCGACAGAACCACGUGCCUGGCCUUUCCAUCGCCGUCGUUCAGAACAACAUCGUUUCUUCGGCAGGCUACGGACAUGCAUCUAUCGAGCCGCCGGUACCAUGCACGGCAGACACUCUUUUCGACAUCGCAUCUUUGUCGAAAUCGCUGACCGCUGCCUCCGUCGGAUUGUUGGUCGACGACGAUGAAGCCUAUCCCGAGAUCCAAUACCAAGCUGCCAUGUCCAGCCUGCUGCCCGAGGACUUCGUGAUGCCCAGCCCUGAGUACACGGAGGGCGUCACAGUGGAAGACAUAUUGAGUCAUAGAUCCGGAAUGCCGGCUCACGACAACUCAUGCAUGGGCGUACGAGCCGCGCAGCCCGACAACGCACGAUCCGUUACGAGGAAUCUGCGCAAUCUCUCCACGGCGGCGCCCUUCCGUGCAAAAUAUCUCUAUUGCAACAUGAUGUACACCGUGGCGACGCAUCUGAUCGAAGUGAAAACCCACCAGCCCUUUUCGGAUUUCCUGCAACAGCGCUUUUUCGACCCCCUCGAUAUGCAAUCGACCAGUCUCCAGCCCCAAAGUGCUCGUGCCAAGGGCCAUGGAGACCGCAUCGCGACCGGAUAUCUCUGGGAAAAGAAAUCGUCGGCCUACCGCGGAUUCCAAAGUCCAGAUUGUCCGGAAGCCCAAGGCGCGGGCUCCGUCAUCAGCAGCGCCAAUGACUUCAUCAAAUGGGUCAAGGCUCUGAUGAAUCGCGAAGGACCGAUCAAUGAGCGCGUUUACCGGGGACUGACUCGCACGCGCACCAUCAUGGAUCCCGCAAUGAGGAGAUUGAAACCGCAUACAUCGCCGGCUCUGUAUGCUGCCGGACUGGAGGUGUAUUUCUAUCGAGGCCAGUUGAUGAUCGGACAUCUUGGAGCGGUGGCAGGAUUCGCUGGCCGGUUCUUUUUUCUGCCUGGCCUUGAUUUUGGGGCUGUUAUCUUGGGAAACGCAGAGGGGACAGUCCCGAUUGGUGCGAUCUUGGCUCGAAAGCUGAUCGAUACUGUGCUUAAGGUCCCUGAGAUCGAUCAUCCGUGCCUUCUGACACCGCGUAACACCACGAGCGGCGUGAACACAAGUCGACCACGCAAUACAGGGAAGAACAAGAAAGCGACGAGCAAGGCAGAGAAAGAAAAGCACGACAAGCCACAGCCACAAGGAUUUCCUCUCCAGGCCUUCGUUGGCACGUAUCACGAACCUGGGUAUCACCAACUGACGGUUGAAAUCAAGGACGAGAGGCUCUUCAUCGACGCGACGGAUCGGUCAUUUGGAUUUACGCUCACGUUCGAGUACAAGGGCGAUGGAGAUCAUGCAUCCGAGUACAUGGGCGAUGGAGAUCAUGCAUGGGAGUACAAGGAUAGAAUUCAUGCAUUCUCCUACGUUGCUCAUCUCAGCGAUUUCCUAGAGGGAGGGGACGAGCCACUUGAAGCCGUGUUUAUCUGUAGAGGUGACAAGGUGCUCAGCUUGGGGUUACGUUUAGAGAAGGCGUUUGAGCAGGACAUUUAUUUUGAUAAAGACCAGGGCGAUGAAUGGAUGGGAUGUUGUGCUUCCCAUCCUGGAUGA